CACUCUCAGUAGGAAAGGAAGGCUGUUUGAAGUGGACCAGAGUAACUUCAGAGGGAUGCUCCCACAGCCAUUUUGACAGGAGGGAGGAAGAACCGCUUAAGUCAAACUAGCACCGCUAUACAAGGACACACCCCAUUUUGAUAGCAGACUACAACAACAGGGAGUAGCAGGAACGAGAAACGGUCAGACAGUCAGUCGUGAUGUCGUUGAAGGGAGACGUGUGUGUGGUGACGGGGGCGUGCGGGUUCCUCGGAGAACACCUGGUGAGGCUGAUGCUGACUGAGGAGAACCUGGAGGAGAUCCGGCUGCUGGACAGGAACAUCAGAACCGAACUAGUACAAGAGCUGCAGGGGAAAUACAGUGAGACGCGAGUGACAGUGUUUGAGGGAGACAUCAGAGAUGCUGACCUCCUAAGGAGAGCCUGUCAAGGGGCAUCGCUGGUGUUCCACACCGCCUCUCUGAUCGACGUCUUGGGGAAAGUAGAAUACAGUGAACUCCAUGGAGUCAAUGUCAAAGGUACCCAGAUGCUUCUAGAAGCCUGCAUCCAGGAGAAUGUGAGCUCCUUCGUCUACACGAGCAGCAUAGAGGUUGCCGGCCCUAAUCCCCGCGGUGACCCCAUCGUCAACGGCGAUGAGCAGACACCAUACUCUGCCUGCCUGAAGUUCGCCUAUAGCCGCACUAAGAAGGAGGCUGAGGAGCUGUGCCUGCGAUCCCAGGGCGAGCGGCUCCGUGACGGAGCCCGUCUGGCCACCUGCGCCCUGAGGCCCAUGUACAUCUUUGGCGCCGGCUGCCGCUUCACGGUGGGCCACAUGCGCGAUGGGAUACGUAACGGCAACGUCCUGCUCCGCGCCUCCCCUCGCCGCGCGCUGGUCAACCCCGUGUACGUCGGGAAUGUGGCACACGCCCACCUCCAGGCGGCCCGGGCGCUCCGCGACCCCCAGCGGAGGUCAAAGGUCGGGGGGAACAUGUACUACGUGGCCGACGACACCCCGCCAAUCAGCUACUCGGACUUCAACCACGCCGUGCUGGCGCCGCUGGGAUUCGGGAUACAGGAGAAGCCCUCCGUGCCCUUCCCCGUGCUCUACUUCCUCUGUUUCCUCAUGGAGAUGAUGCAGACUUUGCUUCGCCCGUUCCUGCAGUUUGCUCCUCCCCUGAACAGGCAGCUGCUGACCAUGCUGGGCACGCCUUUCUCCUUCUCCUAUCAGAAGGCCAAGAGGGAUUUCGGCUACACGCCCAAGUAUACCUGGGAGGAGGCUCGCAAGACCACGACUGACUGGCUGGCCGUAAUGUUGGCAAAAGAGAGAGCCAAGAAGAGGAAAGCAGAGUGAUGAUGAUGUGUAUGUGAAGCAUAAACUCAGUGGCGGUCCGACAAUGAGUUGCUUCCCAGGCAACGCACCCUCCGACGCCCAGUCCAUUUCGCGGCAGCCCUUCCCUCACCACAGAAUGCUUAUAAUAACUGACAAAACUAAUAGUAAUGUUAUUACUACAACAAUGUGGCAAAAGUGUAGAAAUAACAGUGUCAAUUACUUUUUGGAAGUAUUUUAGUAGUUAACAUGUUAUACCAAUUUUUGCGAUGGGUACAGUUAAUUGAUAGACAGCGGAAAGAAAAGGGGAAUAAUAUUUGUUUGUCUGUGUUUAAAGACUUUGUUACGAAUUUUUGUCUAAAUAUUUCACUUCAGUCACAUCAAAGCAAACAAAACCAACCAUGACCUUUUUAAGUAACCACAACCUUUGAGAGAAAGUACCAGGAAAUUCUCGCUUAGACACUGAAAUACACAAAUGUCAUCUUGGCUCUGCCUCUGUCAGAUGAGCACCACAGCCAGCAAGGUGGUCUACUUUUACUUUCUUAUACAAUGUUCUUCUAUGCCCUAAUUCAAAAUGUAAACGAAUUAACUGCAUAUAUAGAUGCAGUAUUUCAGAAAAAAACCUUUAAAAGUUGAAUUUGUGUGUGGAACAUACAAGUGUAGUGGAAUAUUUUUGGUCUUCCUUUUAUGAAAACAAACUGUAUUGUGUGCUUUAUUUUUGUAGCAAGUUCACAUCGUAUAUAUGGACAUACAAAACAAAGUAAAUUCUUAACAGGGCGAUGAUGGAAACUGCCUUUCACAAAAACUGUGACACAUUUUUACAUUCAUAAAUC